AUGAUUCUUGCGAUGAAAGUGGGCUGUGAGUUGAGCGCCACUUGGCAAAUUCCAAUACAAAUUACAUUAUUCACACUUCAAAGUGACCGUUUGCACAUCAUAAUAUACGAAAUGGAAGAUUAUAUUCAGCAAGCAAAAUCAGAAGAGAGAAAUAUAUUUCAACGAUAUAUAAACAAAUGUAAAUUAUUUUACGGUACGACAAUAUGUUUUAUGACCACGACAGCUAUAAUAAUGUGGUUCGGACCAUUAUUGUUGCCUCAACCCUUUCCAAUCGAAGUUGAGUAUCCAUUCGAUGUGAAUAAACAACCACUAAGAACUAUUAUUUACUUGCAUCAUAUAAUGGCUGUAUACCAAAGUCGUACGCAAGUAUGUAGCAACAUCUUCAUAGCUCUUCUGCUUUGGUUCACAGCAGCAAGAUUCGAGAUUCUAUCCCAUAAAUUUCAGAAAAGUACAAGCACCUCAGAAUUCAUAAUCUGUAUACAGUUGCAUCAACGACUAUUACGAUAUGCAAAAAAUGUUACUAUAACAGUUCGAUAUAUAGUAUUGACAUCGAUAGGAUUCAGUACCAUAGCAGUGGUAUUUAGUGGCCUUACUUUUUUGAGCCAACAACCAUUAGCUAUAAAAACCCAAUUUUUGGCCAUUGCCACAUCCGCACUUAUAGAGGUUUUUAUCUGCGCAUGGCCAGCUGAUUAUUUAUUUCGCACGAGCAAUGACAUUGGUUAUGCUGGAUAUGAAUCGUCAUGGUACGGUAAAGAUAUAUCAUUACAGAAGAAUUUGUUACAUACUGUGUCGAGAUGUCAAUAUCCUGUAACUCUAACUGUGCCAUGUCUACUACCAACUCUUUCACUUAAUUAUUAUGCUUCUUAUUUAUCAACUACGUUUUCCUAUUUGACAACAUUUCGAGCAAUGCUUGCUGAGAAAGAUGGACUGCAAACGUAAUCUAUUGCGCGAUUAUUCCGUCAGAUUCAACUUUAAAAUAAUGUGCAAAUUACGACGGUAAACAAUUUCUCUUUGCAGUGACGUGCUCACAUCUACAUUAUAUAAUCAUGAUUGCUCCUUGAGAGCACAAUCUUUAAACGUUUAAUAUGUGCUGAUCAGAAAUAUAAACAUCGCGAAAAAUGAACGGAAAAGCCCUACUCUAUCCU